CACAGAGAGGUUGUUCUCUCGGGCUCCCACUGACAUCUUUCAUCAUGUCUCAGUUUGUAUUCCUGGCCCGGGUCAGAGCCUGGGUCCGAAUCCGCAAUCUCCUAGCCCGACAGUGUUUGGCUGAAUUUUUGGGUGUCUUCGUACUGUUGAUCAUCACACAGGGGGCAGUGGCUCAGGCUGUUACCAGUGAGGAAACCAAAGGCAACUUCUUCACCAUGUUCCUGGCAGGCGCCCUGGCUGUGAUGGUGGCCAUCUAUGUGGGAGGCAAUGUCUCAGGGGCCCACUUGAAUCCUGCCUUCUCCUUGUCCAUGUGCCUCAUGGGUCGCCUACCUUGGGCCAAACUUCCCAUCUACGUACUGGUACAGCUGCUUUCUGCCUUCUCUGCUUCGGGACUAACAUAUGCCCUCUAUUAUGAUGCUCUGCAGAACUAUACUGGUGGAAACCUGACAGUGACUGGCCCCAAGGAGACAGCCUCUAUCUUUGCCACCUACCCAGCCCCUUAUCUGUCCCUGCAAAAUGGCUUCCUGGACCAGGUUCUAGGCACUGCUAUGCUGAUUGUGGGCAUCUUUGCCAUCACAGACACUAAGAAUAAGGGGGUGCCUGCGGGAUUGGAGCCAGUGGCAGUUGCGCUGCUGGUUCUGUCCAUUGGCCUCUCCAUGGGUGCCAACUGUGGUUACCCACUCAACCCUGCUCGAGACCUUGGACCUCGGCUCUUCACCUAUGUGGCUGGCUGGGGACCUGAGGUCUUUAGUGCUGGCAAUGGUUGGUGGUGGGUACCUGUGGUGGCUCCUAUGGUGGGCGCUGCAUUGGGCACUGCCACAUACCAGUUGCUGGUGGGUCUGCAUCAUCCUGAGGAUCUGGAGCCUGUCCAGGAGAAAGCCUCUGAACCAAGGUCCCCAUCUUACCUCAGAUCCUUAGAGAGCAAACUGUGA